CUGGGCACAGGUGGGGGCACUGCUGGGAAUGGGUGGGCGGGGCUAGUGGGCGCACUGCUGGGCGGAACUUGCGGGUGUCACUGCUGGGCACCGAUCAUCAGGGCACUGAUCAUCAGUGCCCUGAUGAUCGGUGCCGAUCCCCGCUCUGACAACUGCCGGUUCUCGGCAGUACUUUCCUCACGAUCUGACAGCUUGCUGGUUAACGGCUGCACUUUCCUCACGCUGUCACAGCUUGAGGAAAGAGGAGAGCCAUAAUCGGCAAGUGUAU